AUGAAGACGUCGCAGGCACAGAACCCACCACAGCCCGAUCCGAGUCUGACAUCCCCGUCAAGCACAACUUCAUCUGGGCCGAAGCUGUUCCACGCUGACGCUAUGCCCGAAGCUGCCAUCGGCGCCGGUGCAACGCAGUCUCUCCUUCUAGGAGGUUACUACCAUAGCAACCAUCCCGGCCUAAGCGACUCGGAAAUCCAACAUCGUCGGCGUCUUUUCUGGCAAGCCUACAUCUUUGACCAUGACUUGAUGCUACGGAUUGGGAAGCCGCCUCUAAUCACUGAUAACUUCCUCGUUGACUUGCCCGAAGAGUAUCCCUUGGACUGCUAUGGCUUCUUUUACUAUCCGGGCGACGUCGUUCUCAACUACUUUCGGCAGGAAGUCAAGCUAGCACAAAUCCAGGGCCGAAUUUACUCAAGACUGUAUCUGAACAGCCCGACGUCAGCGACUGCCCUAGAAUCUGAAAUUAGCCUCCUGGAUAGAGAGCUCCAGGAAUGGCGGGAUAGUAUCCCCGAAAUGAUUCGCCCGAAGCAGUCAGGUGCCUCUCUGGAUGAUGACAAUCAUGCUAGGUUGAUGGCAUUGAGUGUCUUGCACUUCGUGUACUUCCAGUUGGUGGUAGCAGUUCAUUCGGCGGCGCUUAGAAUGCCAUUGUCUGCGCAGGACAUGGACUUUCUGCGCCCCAGCGUUGCUAUCUGCGUCAAUGCUGCUCGUGGGGCUGUAUCACUCUUGAACUACCACCACAUCGACCAUCCCUUCACAAUGUUAGUAGCACCUCAAUGGAUAGACUGCCCGGCCAUACUGACUCAGACCAGAUACCUUCUUUAUCAGGUAGCUUGGAGCGUCGACAUUCUCUUCAUCAAUAUCAUCGAGAACAAGACGUCCGCCACAGCGGCACAGGAUAUCGAGCUGAUCAAACUCGUCCUCUCGUUCUACGAAAGGUAUGACGUGAACCACCAGAAGAUUGCCUCCUACCACAUCAUCAAGGCAUUGUACGAAGUAGCAGUAUCUGUUGUCGUGGAUCCACCAAACGCGGUGCAGGAACCCCUCGGCACAGCUCUCAAUGGUCUGAGCUUGACCAUAGACAAGGGUAAUGGAAAUGAAGAGUUUGUGCCUGUUCUCCCGGUCCCUGAAGCAAUUGACCAGGACAACUGGGAGGGCAUAUCCCACGGUAGCCAUAACUGGCUCUCGGCUGGAUUCUUGCAAAUAGUCGAUUGGAGUUUGCCACCAGAUAGCAUGAUUGAUGGCAAUCUGUGA